CAAACACAACCGAGGCACAACAAGACUCCGGGUCAACAACGAAUCACGGUAGGUCUCUGCUGCUCGGGUCAUGGAUGUGGCUGGGACCCUCCUGAAGCUGCUUACUCUGGAGGCUGGCGGGGCCUCGGUGACGCUGGGCUUGCUCCUGGUCUUCCUGGCUCUUCUGUACUGGUACUCCAUAUACCCCUACUCCACCCUCGCACGAUGUGGCAUCCAGCACCCCAAACCUGUGCCCUUUUAUGGAAACAUGUUCCUGUUUCGCAAGGGUUUUUUUGGAGUCCACACAGACCUGAUAAACAAGUACGGCAGAGUGUGUGGGUACUAUUUAGGGCGCAGGCCGGUGGUGGUGGUGGCUGACCCCGACAUGCUGCGGCAGAUCAUGGUGAAGGAGUUCACCAGCUUCCCCAACAGGAUGGCCAUCCGCUCUGCCACCAAGCCCAUGAGUGAGAGUCUGCUGCUACUGCGGGACGAGCGUUGGAAGAGGGUGCGGAGCAUCCUGACCCCCUCCUUCAGCUCCGCCCGCAUGAAGGAGAUGGUGCCGCUGAUCCGCAUAGCCACUGACACCCUGAUGAGCAACCUGCAGGGCUAUGCCCAAUCAGGACAGAGCUUUGAUAUUCACAGGUGUUUCGGCUGCUUCACCAUCGAUGUCAUCGCGAGCGUGGGCUUUGGGACUCAGGUGGACUCUCAGAACAACCCCGACGAUCCCUUUGUGCACCACGCCCAGAAAUUCUUCUCCUUCUCCCUCUUUAAUCCAUUCAUGCUCUUUCUUAUUGCCUUCCCGUUCCUCAUAGCUCCUCUGUCGCGGAUCGUUCGCAAUAAAUCCAGAGAUGAGAUGAACCACUUCUUCACCAGCUGCAUCCAGAAGAUCAUCCAGCAGAGAGAUGAGCAGCCGCCCAGUGAGCGGAGGCGAGACUUCCUGCAGCUGAUGCUGGACGUGAGGAGCAGCAGGGACUGUGUGGCGCUGGAGCACUUCGACGUGGUGAACCAGGCGGACGAGCCGAGCCACGCCCCGCAGGGCGAGGACACGCCCCAGCGCCCGCGCAAGAGGAUGAUGACGGAGGACGAGAUCGUGGGACAGGCCUUCAUCUUCCUGCUGGCCGGCUACGAGACCAGCAGCAACACCCUGGCCUUCGUCUGCUACCUGCUGGCCAUCCACCCCGAGUGCCAGGAGAGGGUGCAGCACGAGGUGGACGACUUCUUCGCCAGACACGAGGCCCCAGAUUACCACAAUGUACAAGAGCUGAAGUACUUGGACAUGGUGAUAUCAGAGGCCUUACGGCUUUACCCUCCUGGAUUCAGGUUUGCUCGGGAGGUGGAGCAGGACUGCGUGGUGAACGGCCAGGUCUUACCCAAAGGUGCUACGCUGGAGAUCCCGGCAGGGUUCCUACACUAUGAUCCUGAGCACUGGAGUGAACCAGAGAAGUUUAUCCCUGAGAGAUUCACCGCGGAGGCCAAGGCCAAACGUCAUCCCUUUGCGUACCUGCCCUUCGGCGCUGGUCCUCGGAGCUGCGUGGGGAUGAGGCUGGCCCUGCUGGAGAUUAAGAUGGCGCUGGUGCACGUCUUCCGCAAGUUCUCCAUUGUGACCUGCUCAGAAACGAAGAUUCCACUGGAGCUCAGGUCCUUCUCAACUCUGGCGCCUAAGAACGGCAUUUUUGUGAAAAUUGUCCAGAGGGAAACUGGCGGACUGGUUCCACCCCCAGCGGAGGAGUUGUGACCUGCUGUGCCUAAUAUAUCUUCUCUAAUAUAUCUACUAACUGGGCAUUUAAAUCAAUCAAUCAAUCAAUCACAUGUGAUGUGUGUUUUCACGUAAAUUGUACUUAACGGCGUGCAUUUUCCAGACGGAUAUGAAAAACCUGAAAAACCCAGGACCGGCUGGGGGGAAAAAAAACAGUAAAAAUAUUCCCUGACCCUGGAAAAUGGCAGUUGAGAGACUCCAGGAAAACAAUGUAAAAUGAACAGAAUUGCCUGAAAAAAAAAAAAUCCAUCAGUUGAUUGUAUCAGCUCAAGUCUAGAGGCUGCUUGUGGGCUUAGGGUGGACUAUGAGGGGGAAUAUCCAUCCAACAGUGGCCAGGAUAGAGAAGACGAUGAGUUUAUAAUCCAGUGAUGUAAAUAUGACUUUGAUUGACGUGUUGUUAUGUAAAGUGUAGGAUAAUGUGGAGGCCGUCCGUGCCCAUUUCAGGUCCCUGUUUCCUGCUGUGCAGGAUGAAGGGGCACACAGGCAGCCUGAGAAGAGGCGCCGAAUCAAAGUGGUUCGCUAUGCUAAAGGGACGAUAAACUCCAAUUAGCACUACGAGGUGUGUAAGAGAGGGCACUGCAAAGGGCAGCUCAUCUUUUUAAUCAGGCAGCCGGGUGGACAGAGGUCGGGACCUCGCAGACAUUGGCGGUGCUGGCACUCGGCUUUGUGGGGUGACCCUGCAGAGCACAGAGGAGAUGAGGUGGUGGGGACCCCAAGAUGACAGCCACAGACUCCCCUCUCGGGACAGAACAUUGAUGACUGAUGACCGCUGUCACUCAAAGGUAGUGUCACAGUCUGCGAUACAGGGCAUCCAUGUUUCAGUAGUGCUUUCCUGAAAUGCUUAAAUGAUUCAUUUAUUCACACUGAAUACUUAUUCCUAAUCAUCCACAUUUGUGUGAAAUCAGCGCAUAAUAGGAAACUGUUACAGUGAUAUAGUGAAAGAUGCAGGGGUAGCAGUGUGGCGUAGUGGUAAGGAGCGGUUUUGUCUUUUUAUAUCACAUUACAUUAUUGGCACUUAUCCAGAAAAAUCUAAAAUUGAUAUGUAUGGUGGAAGAGAACUGGGAUCAGCUUAAAAUAAAAUGACUGU